CGAGGAUAAGGUCAAGGUAAAGAUCAACAAUGGAGUAGCAAACUUUCAACAUUAUUCACAAACCUCGUCCAAGUGCAUCGAUAGUUGUACCCCAUAAAAAAGCAACAUCAAGGAAAAUGAAUAUAAACCACACAAGAAUUGGCGCGGCUAAUGACCUGGGAUAUGGCCUUUUUUCAACAGUCAAUUUAAAUCCUGGGGAUUCUAUUAUUAUCAUCCACAAGCCCCUUUUGUUGAUUACCGAGAAUCAAGCACUACGCCGUGUUUGCGCCAAUUGUUUUGUUGAGAGAGGAGAAGAUGUGGAGCUACGACCCUGCUCCAAUUGUGGUGUUGUGAAUUUUUGUUGUGACGGUUGCGAAAAGUCAUCAUUAAAAUCAGGAUACCACAGCGCAGAAUGUGCCUAUCUAAAGCCAAGAAAGCCCUCUGAGUACUCUCUAGCUCAGACUUCUGACAAGGCAGAAACAAACACUGCUUGUGCUUAUUCAAGAUGUCGGUCAAAAAAGGCAACCCUAACUUGUCUUGGCUGCAAGGCGGUCAACUCCUGCGACGAGAAAUGCGAAAAUCUAGAUCGCUCGUUCCAUGAGCAACAAUGCAAGGAUAUCCAGUCACAAAGUUUGAACAAGAUUCUUCCUACAGCUGUGCGCGCCACAAUCCAACUGAGUAGCCACCCUGCAUCUAUAGCCAAAGACUCACCGUUGAUGAAGCUCUCGUCUCACCGGGACGAUCUUGAAAAGAACAAGUCAAAGUGGGAUGAUGUCCUGUUGCAAGCACAUGCUGUAAUAAAUCUUCUCCAGUUGCAACCAGAAUUUUCGAACUAUGCUGUUGAGUCACUCUGUCGGGUAAAUAUAAUAAAAUACCUCUAACUCUGCAUUGCCUGCUAAUAAAUAUCCAUAGCUCUCCACUAAUGCAUUUCGUGUCGAGUCCAAUGUUGGCAAUGGACCAAUUGGCCUUUGUCUCGACCCCUUAUUAGCACGCGCUAACCACCGUUGUCAUCCCAACGCAGCUAUUACUUUCGAUGGAAAGCGUGCUACCCUCCGAGCUCUCUUCCCCAUCGAAAAUGGAGAACAAAUCUUUAUUUCGUACAUCGACGAAACACAACGGCAAGAAGUCCGCCAGGCAGAAUUAGAAGAAACAUGGUUUUUCAAAUGCCAAUGUCCCCGCUGCACGACUUUUCAAAGCAUCUAUGAAAACUUUUUGACUUAUUCCACUAUCUCCACUCCUAUACUCGACAAGCUGGUCCCAUUUCAAGCAACCUAUGACUUCGCAAAAUCCCGCGUGGCAGAAGAAGAUCCAAACACUGUAACCCAACUCUUCUCUUUACUCCACGUACAGCGUCAUAUCGAAGCAGCCGUAACAAACGCCCAGAAAACCCACCCAAACAUCAACCACCGUCUCGAUUUCCUCAAGAAAGCACUAGGAAAUCUAAACGACCUCAUUCUGUUACAGCGUUAUGCGCAACAACCUUUAUCCAUGCUUCUCAACGAAAUCUAUCUAAUCUAUCUAGAAAAAUCAGAAUAUAUCUCCGCGCUGAUAAUCCUCAUCUUCUUAAUCCAUCAUACAGAUCCCAUAAAUUACCCUAGUCUAUAUCAUCCCCAACGAGUUACUCGACUACUAGCUCUGCAGCGUCUGCUCAAAAUCAUGGCGAGCUAUGAUGUGGAAAUAUUUAGGAAAUUUGCAGCGGAAAAUGCCGUGCAUGUAAAGGUUCUGUGUGAAAUAGAUUGGGUGAGUGCGUGUCAGAUGGUUAUGUAUGCGUUAAGGGAGACGGGGAAUAGGUGUUGGGGAGAAGAUAGUAAAGUCAUGAGGGGGGUGAAGAUGGAUAUUGUGGAUGUGGAGGGAUUCAGGGAAGAGGGGGAUGGAGUUGUAGGGCGUGCUGAGGGAGUGGGGAGGGGGAUGGAUGGAUUGGGUGGUUUAUGGAAAGGGGGCUAGGUUAAGGGCUUUGGCGGAUUGCGUAUGGAAUGUUGGGCAGGAAGGGAGGCGGGAGGUUGGGAACUUGUGAGUUGUGGG